AAACAAAUACUAUCAAAACAUCAGACAUCUCUUUUUAUGGCUUUAAAAUGUGGCUUAAUUGUGGCUUUUUAAAAAAAAAUAAAUGGCUCCAUUGGCUCUUUUUUAAGUCCAAAGUGGCUCUUUUCUGAAAAAAAAAUCUGGCAACCCUGGUUCGUUCAGUUCAGUGUAAGAUACCAUGGAGUGAGAAUGCCGGUUUCUUCAGCGCUUCUGCUUACUAACCCAGGGGGACACAACACCCCCUCUAAUCAGAACUUCGUGAGGGGGGAUAAGGCCACCUCUUCAGUUAAACUCAGAAGAAAGAAGGAGGAAGGUCAAACUCGAAAGAAAAACCGGCAUAGUGGUGACUUUUCUUUUUUUGCCAACAAAAAAGUUGAAGUUCAAGAAACUGUGAAUAACCGAAGUGAUUUUGAUUACAUAACCUUUCCAAACGGUGUGCCCAUGUUGCAUGAGUUGAGAGUGGGGGCGGGCCUCCAACAGCCCGCCUCUCUAGAUCAUCUUUUCAUCCCUAGUCCUGCAAAAGUGAUGGUUCGUGAUGUACCAAGGCGAAAUCUGCAGUCAUCAAGAGCGGUUUCGUCCAGUGCGUUUAAUAUUAACGAACGUUCGUUUAAUAUUAAUGAGAGUUCGUUAAAUGUCGCCGAAUCCUCACAAAAUGUUCACCAAGACGUUAGGCGUCGAAACCAUAAUCGGUCACACUCCCAGCAGCCGAAUAGACAAUCUGCCGGUCAGUCGGAGAGAAAAUCCGGGAAACUUUCCGACCCGGCCUUCCGGCCUCACAGCACUGUACAUGAUGACCCUAACUGCCGGCCUCGAAGUACUGUACAACCGUACAUAAGGGCGUUGCAUACCAGCUCCUCCUACUUCCCAGGACCCUCGGAGGACUACUCCGCCCCAUCCAGGAGUAUCCCGCCCACCUCAAGCAAUAGCGCCAUUAAGCAUUGCGUUAACGAGUUCGAGUUUAAAAGAAUGAACCGUUCCAGUGCAGAUCCCUUUAAUAUAGAUGAAAGAACGUUUAUUGAGAAAAUGAUCAACAGGGAGUUUUUAGCUGACAGUGGAAGUCAAGAAUCCGGUAUUUUUUCCACUGGAUCCAGCCAGGAAUCCCCCCGGAAGACUGCAGGACGGAAACCUGGAUUAGGAAGACGAGCAAUAACUCAGGUGAACCUAAAGGAUGGACGGGAGAGGAAGAAUUCUUAUUCUAACGCGCUCGCGCGCUCCCAGGAGAAUCUAGUCAAGGCUGUUAACGGUUCCCUGAAUGACGAGGGAGGGUUUAGGGACAACUACGAUGGACUUGAAGGGGUCCAAGGGACCCCUGAAGAAGGGGACCUGAAGGCCCUGAAAAGAGGUCUAUUAUGGCAGCAGAGAGAUAAGAUUUUUUCAAGAUGGAAGGAGAGAUAUUUCAUUCUGACAAAGGACUUUCUUCAAUGCUUUAAGAAGGAAAGUUCUAAGAUCUCUGAGAUGGGCGGAUUCAUUUUCAAGAUCAAGCUGAGUGAGAUAGAAAGUGUUGAACUUCUGGAUAAACGAGGUUACCUCACCAUCAGCAUUAACCUCGUUAGGGAGGCCAAGGUCUUCCUCAGGUAA